UGGUGCGCUGUCCAUGUGCAGGGUCUCCUGUCAGCUGCAGUGCCUCCUCUCACCUGGAUGCCACCCUAACCCCAGCUCUGCGCCCUUCGGAUCUUGUGCCCGCUCCUAUGAUGCGGCUUCUUUACCGCACUGCACGAUGUGAAACUUUAUGAUGUGAACUGCAGCCGAGUCCUGCCCAGGAUUACCCACUGUCCUGGGGUGCGGGCAGAGCUCUGUGCCAUGUGUGCCAGCCCUGGUCCUCAGCCCCACUCAUGGGAUGUGGCAUCCUAAAGCCUCGGAUCGUUUCUGGGCACCGGGGGGCACUGAGGGCUCAGCCCAGGGUCUCCCUGCUGCUGACUAUGAUCUUCUUCUUCACUUUCUUCUUCUUCUACUGCCUGAGCGGCUCCUGUUCUGACCCGCAGAUGAGCGUCGGAUCCUUGCGCAUUGCGCAGUCGGUUGCGCCUGGACACUCCGGGGAAACUUGGAUCAGCGGUGCCAGGGAUACCCAUAGGAACCCACUGCACUCUGAGGAUGCCCAUAAGAACCCACUGCACCCUGAGGAUGCCCAUAAGAACCCACUGCACUCUGAGGAUGCCCAUAAGAACCCACUGCACCCUGAGGAUGCCCAUAAGAACCCACUGCACCCUGAGGAUGCCCAUAAGAACCCACUGCACCCUGAGGAUGCCCAUAAGAACCCACUGAACCCUGAGGAUGCCCAUAAGAACUUACUGCACCCUGAGGAUGCCCAUAAGAACCCACUGCACCCUGAGGAUGCCCAUAAGAACUUACUGCACCCUGAGGAUGCCCAUAAGAACCCACUGCACCCUGAGGAUACUGAUAAGGACUCACUUCACCCCGAGGAUGGUCAUAAAAACACUUUGCACCCUGAGGAUGCCCAUAGGAACCCACUGCACCCUGAGGAUGCCCAUGAGAACUCACUGCACCCUGAGGAUGCCCAUAAGAACUCACUGCACCCUGAGGAUGCCCAUAAGAACUCACUGCACCCUAAGGAUGCCCAUAAGAACUUACUGCACCCUGAGGAUGCCCAUAAUAACCCACUGCACCCUGAGGAUGCCCAUAAGAACCUACUGCACCCUGAGGAUGCCCAUAAGAACUCACUGCACCCUGAGGAUGCCCAUAAGAACUCACUGCACCCUGAGGAUGCCCAUAAGAACUUACUGCACCCUGAGGAUGCCCAUAAGAACCCACUGCACCCUGAGGAUGCCCAUAAGAACCCACUGCACCCUGAGGAUGCCCAUAAGAACCCACUGCACCCUGAGGAUGCCCAUAAGAACCCACUGCACCCUGAGGAUGCCCAUAAGAACUCACUGCACCCUGAGGAUGCCCAUAAGAACUCACUGCACCCUGAGGAUGCCCAUAAGAACCCACUGCACCCUGAGGAUGCACAUAAGAACCCACUGCACCCUGAGGAUGCCCAUAAGAACCCACUGCACCCUGAGGAUGCCCAGGAGAACGCAUUGCGCUCUGGUGCUGCAUUCUUGGACACUUUGCGCCCUGGCACUGCACGCACUAGACCUAGUGCCAGGGAUGGGGGUCACACUGGCACCGUGACAUUGCUAGACUCAGUGUUAUCUAGUAACAAGACACCAGACCAUAAACUGGCCCACAGUCCGGGUGGCAUCUCAGUGCACAACAGUUUUGGGAGUAAAAAGUUUCCCCAAGCGAUCAUUAUGGGGGUGAAGAAAGGGGGCACCAGGGCACUGCUGGAAUUCCUGAGGAUACACCCAGAUGUCAGGGCGCUGGGGGCUGAACCCCACUUCUUUGAUAGGUGCUAUGACAAGGGUCUGGAGUGGUACAGGAACUUGAUGCCUCGGACAUUGGAAGGACAGAUCACCAUGGAGAAGACGCCGAGCUACUUUGUAACCCCAGAGGCGCCAAGACGAAUUUACAACAUGUCCAAGGAUACGAAGCUCAUAGUGGUGGUCAGGAAUCCGGUGACCAGGGCCAUCUCUGACUACACACAGACCCUGUCGAAAACUCCUUCCCUACCCACCUUCCAAGCAUUGGCCUUCAAAAACUCCAGCAUGGGGACAAUCGAUACCACCUGGAGUGCCAUCCGUAUCGGCAUCUACGCUAAGCACUUAGAGAACUGGCUCCAAUACUUCCCUCUCUCCAAAUUGCUUUUUGUCAGCGGGGAGAGACUGGUCAGUGACCCCGCAGGGGAAAUGGGCCGAGUGCAGGACUUUUUGGGGCUAAAGCGGAUUAUAACCGAUAAACAUUUCUUCUUUAACAAAACAAAGGGAUUUCCUUGCCUCAAGAAGCCAGAGGGAAGCGGCAAGCCAAGAUGUCUGGGCAAAUCCAAGGGGCGUCCGCACCCCGAUAUAGAUAAGACGCUUUUGUUACAUCUUCAGGAGUUUUACCGACCGUACAACAUGAAGUUCUACCAGAUGACUGGUCACAACUUUGGCUGGGACUGAUUUUU